AUGCCCAAGUUAGUGCUUAUUCGUCACGGAGAAAGUAACUACAAUAAAUUAGGGUUGUUCACUGGCUGGAUUGAUACCAAAUUAUCAGACAAAGGUAGAGAUGAAGUUCAAAAAGCAGGUGAACUACUCAAAGAAUCUGGAAUUAAAAUUGAUGUAGCAUUUACUUCAGUUUUAUCAAGGGCUAUUCAGACUGCCAAUAUUGCUUUGGAUGUUGCUGAUCAAUUAUGGGUACCACUUGUAAAAAAUUGGCGUCUUAAUGAAAGACAUUAUGGGGAUUUACAAGGUAAAAACAAAGCUGAAGCUCUUGAACAUUUCGGACCUGAAAAGUUUAAGGAAUAUAGAAGAUCAUAUGAUAUUCCUCCACCUCCAAUUGCUGCAGAUUCGAAAUUUUCUCAAGUCGGUGAGAGAAGGUAUUCGGAUUUAGCACCUGAGGUAGUACCACUUACUGAGAGUUUGAAAGAUGUUAUUGAAAGAUUAAUUCCAUAUUGGCAAGAUGAAAUUGCGGCUAAAUUAUUAGAUGGAAAGACUGUUGCUAUUUUUGCUCAUGGAAAUUCACUCAGGGGUUUGAUUAAACAUUUGGAUGGGCUUACGAAUGACGAGGUCAGCAAUUUGAACGUUCCGACCGCGCAACCACUAGUUUAUGAGUUAGACGAUCAAUUAAAACCUAUUAAGCAUUACUACCUUGACGAAGAAGGUGCAAAAGCAGGUGCAGCAGCUGUCGCAGCUCAAGGACAAAAGAAAUGA